AUGCUGCCCGUGGAGAUCAGGAUCCACAUCUACGAGUACAUCCUCUUUGAGAACGGCAACUUCUUCAGCCUCGACGACGAGGAGGGCCGGUCCAUCCCGACCCUCUUCCCAAAGCUGAGGUCGCCCCCGAAGAAGAGAUGCGGGCUGCACGAGGCCGAGAGGCCACACGAGGCCGGGAGCCAGGAUAACGGCAGCGGCAACAUCAUGUCGCUGCUGCUGACGAGCAACAAGAUCUACCACGAAGCCGCCAGCCUGCUGUACUCGUCGUCCUUCUUCCGGCUGCGCGGGAUCCACCCGACUAUCCAGUUCAUCAACACCGUGUCGCCGGCUCACCUGGGGCUGGUGCGGUCGCUCAAGCUGGUGUGGGACGACCAGGGGUGGACGGACGCGCCCGAGUUCGACACGCUGACGCUGCGGUCGGCGUGGCCCUCGCUGUGCGACGCGCUGGCCACGCAGUUCCCGUCUUUGCGUAAUCUCUACGUGGCGCUGGGUAUGCCCAGCAACGAGGCGCACGUCGAGGAGCUUUAUCUGGGGCCGCUCAGGAGGGUGCGGCACGCGGCCAACUUCAAGGUGUGCAUCCCCGUGGGGCUCCUCGAGAGGUUCGAGGGCCUGGACCAGCGGCUGGAGGCGAGGGAGAGGGGCGGCGGCGGCGACAACGACUGCCCGUUCACGCUGUGCAGACACACGGCGGGCGAGGUGUGCCCCAGCCGCAAGGAGGUGGUGCAGGCAGAGUGGCUGGGGUCCAGCAGGCCGGCGACGCCGGGGCUCAAGGUGCAGUACCCCAAUGUGCCCGGGCUGGAGCCGUGGGCCGACGGCGACUGGGCGACCGAGAAGGACGACGUGCUGGGGGAUGCCAUGCUGGCAGGCGACGGGCUGGGCGGCUCGCAGUGGUCCCAAGGUGGUCAAGCUUUUGCCCAGACGUCAUGA